AUGACUGAUGCAAGCGACUUUGCAGUUGGAGCAGUACUUGGGCAGCGCAAGGAUAAGAAACUUCAUGUGAUCUAUUACGCGAGCAAAACUAUGGAUGAAGCUCAGUGCAGAUACGCUACAACAGAGAAAGAACUCCUGGCUAUUAUUUUUGCAUUCGAGAAGUUCAGAUCCUACCUGGUGGGAUCUAAGGUGAUUGUGCACAUAGACCAUGCUGCUCUUAAGUAUCUGCUCACAAAGAAAGAUGCAAAACCGAGGUUGUUAAGGUGGAUUCUUCUCCUCCAAGAAUUCGAUCUUGAGAUAAAGGAUAAGAGAGGAGUCGAGAAUGGGGUUGCAUACCAUCUGUCCAGAAUGAAGAUUGAUGACGACACAACUCUUGAUGAAGAACACCCAGUGGAACACGUCAAUGCGAUUGGUCUGCGUUUCGCGGAACAACCUCUGCGAAUCACAUCUGACUGCUCUAGCAUCGCGGAACAACCUCUAGGAAGGAGAUCUGAUUGUUAUCAUGUCGCGGAACAUCCAGUCGCCGUGAUCCAAAAGCAGUAUUCUCACCUCCCGUGGUUUGCUGAGAUUGCGAAUUUUCUUGCUGCUGAAAAGCAACCGCUUAAGUUCACUGGAAACGACAAGAGAAAAAUUUUAAGGGAAGCGAGGCGUUAUGUUUGGGAUGAACCGUUUUUGUACAGACAUGGCAAGGAUGGCUUGUUCAGAAGGUGUGUUCCAGAGGCAGAUAUUCCAGGAAUCCUACAUCACUACCAUGGUUCAUCUUACGCAGGCCACUUCGCUACAUUCAAAACGGUUUCCAAAAUCCUUCAAGCAGGUUUCUGGUGGCCAACUAUGUUCAGGGAUGCCCAAGCCUACAUAGCCAGGUGCGAUGCAUGCCAACGACUUGGGAACAUCAGCAAGAGGAUUGAGAUGCCUCAGAAUUACAUUCUAGAGGUUGAGGUGUUUGACUGUUGGGGAGUCGAUUUCAUGGGACCAUUCCCUUCGUCCUUCAAGAACGAGUACAUUCUCUUCGCCGUUGACUAUGUAUCUAAGUGGGUAGAAGCGAUAGCAAGCCCUACUAAUGAUGCAAAAGUGGCGACUAAGAUGUUCAGCUCCAUCAUCUUUCCGAGGUUUGGAGAUUGGUCACUUAAGCUGGACGAUGCAUUAUGGGCCUACAUAACAGCCUACAAAACGCCGCUGGGAACAACUCCCUAUCACCUGGUCUACGGUAAAGCAUGUCACCUCCCUGUCGAGCUCGAAUACAAAGCUGCAUGGGCAGUCAAGUUACUGAAUUUCGACAUCAAGCCAGCAACCGAGCGACGCAUGAUCCAAAUCCAUGAGCUGGAAGAGAUAAGGCACCUCGCCUAUGAAAGCUCCAAAAUUUACAAGGAGAAGACCAAGGCCUACCAUGACAAGCGUAUCAUUGCCAGACAUUUCGAACCAAACGAUAAGGUCUUGCUUUUCAAUUCAAGGUUGAGGUUGUUCCCAGGCAAGCUGAAGUCUAGAUGGUCCGGACACUUCACUGUUAAGGAAGUUCGACCCUACGGAGCUGUUGUGUUACUGGACAGAAAAGAAGACGAGUUCGUAGUGAACGGACAGCGCUUAAAGCAUUACCUUGCUGACUCCACUAUCGCAGAGGGCGAAGAAAUUCCCCUAAGCGAUCCCCCAUCAGCCUGA